AUGACUUCUCCAUUCGAAUCAGCUGUUCGAAGGCUCGUUUCCGGCGGCGAUAUCACCCAAUUAUCUCUCGAAAUAUACUCCCUUCUUUCCACAACAGAACGACUCUGGCUUCUCGACGGCGACCUAGACUUUACCCAAGGCGUGAAGGCAGUUAUACGGUCAGGUUACAACUCUGUGCCUUACUCCAGCGGCGCCAUCAAGCGCAUCGGCCUUCCCGGAAUUCAAUUCUCAGACGGACCACGCGGAUGUGUGAUGGGCAACUCAACCGCAUUUCCAGUGCCCAUGUCGCGCGCCGCGACAUUCGACGUAGAGCUAGAGGAGCGGAUUGGGACGGCGAUAGGAAAGGAAGUGCGAGCUCAAGGAGGAAAUCUGUUUGGUGGUGUUUGUGUUAACUUGGUGAGACAUCCUGCGUGGGGAAGGGCGCAGGAAUCUUAUGGAGAGGAUCCUUUGAUCCUAGGGGAAUUAGGAGCCGCUCUCGCUCGUGGCGCACAGCAGAAUGUCAUGGCUUGCGUCAAGCAUUUCGCGCUGAACUCGAUGGAGAAUUCGCGCUUCAGAGUGGACGUCCAAGUUGACGAACACGAUCUCCAUGAAGUGUAUCUUCCACACUUCAAAAAGAUCAUCCAAAGCGGCUGUUUUGCAGUCAUGAGCGCUUAUAAUUCCGUACAAGGAGAAUAUUGCGGCGACAAUCGCGUUCUUCUGACGGAGAUACUGCGUGAUGAGUGGAAGUUUGAGGGAUUAGUCAUGUCUGAUUUCAUUUGGGGACUGCGAAAACCGGUUGCGUCGACGAAGAAUGGAUUGGAUGUUGAGAUGACAUUCCGACAACAGCGAGCACGAGCUCUACCUGCUGCGUUGGAGUCUGGAGAACUAAGUGAGAAUGAGUUGAGAGCGCCUUGUCUGCGUCUCAUCGCGACUCAACUACGACACUACGCGCAACUCAGUCAAAAGAAGCCUUCUACGGAUUGCCUCGCGUGCACAGAACACACAGAACUGGCUCGAAAAGCAGCAGCUCAAGGGAUGGUUCUCCUCAAAAACACUUCGUCCACCGGAGCUCCUCCGCUACCAUUGUCUCCCACAACAAAACGCGUGGCCUUGGUCGGUAAGCUAGCCUCUCAGCCAAAUCUCGGCGACAAGGGAUCUUCCAACGUACAUCCUCCCUACGUGCGAACGAUCUUGCAAGGGUUUCAAGCAAAUAUGGAUUUCGACACUGAUUACACCACCGGUUCGGAUUCUGCAGCAUCCAUCAAAAGUGCAAGCGAAGCUGAUGUCGCCGUCGUGGUCGUCGGCAUGGACGCGCACGAUGAAGGAGAAUAUAUCAUCACCGACGACUUCACCACCAUGACACUUUUCCCCGCUGUCUCACUUUUCCUGACCGUCUCACGCGGCGGCGACCGCGCGAGUCUCGGGCUCAGGAACUCGGAUUCAGACCUGAUCAGACGCAUCGUCAAAGCAAACGCCAACACCAUCCUUAUUCUCGUCGGCGGAAGCGCAAUCAUGCUGGACGCAGACAUCCGGGAAACGGUCCCGAGCAUUCUGAUGGCGUGGUAUCCGGGCAUGGAAGGUGGGGAUGCGUUGCAGGAUGUUUUGACCGGCCGAAGCGAGCCCAGAGGGAGAAUGCCGCUCGUGACUGUCGCGUCCGAAGAGGAUGUUCCGUUUUGGAAGAGAGUGACGGAUAGAAUCACGUAUGGCCGGUUCUGGGGCUAUCGUUUGUUGAACAAGGAUGAGAAAAAAGCUGCGUUUCCUUUUGGAUUCGGUCUCGGGUAUGGGACGAUUGAUGUGAGGACCUUGCAGAUACCCUUCCAAAGCGGCACGGAAAUUGUCUGUACGGUAGAGUGUAGGAACAAUGGUACGGUCACUACUAGUACGGUGGUGCAGAUCUACGCUGGGAAGGUCCGGUUGGAGGAAUUCGACUUCAAACGAGUCCUUGUGGGCUUUCAAACGGUUACUUUACAGCCAGGAGAGCAUGUCUCGUUGCAUGUGAACUGUAGUCUGGAAUUGCUUGGCCGGAGAGAGCUGGCUACGAAGAAGUGGAGUAUUGCGAGGGGCGACAUCAGGAUCGAGGCUGCGCAGUAUGAGGGGGAUCCGCGUGCUCUGGAAGAAGUUGUUGGUUUUGAGGGGGGUUCUUGGUAG